UGGUGAUUGGCGGUGGACACUGGUGGCGGGUAGUAGAGGUAGUCUUUUUUUUUUUUUGAAUAGUAGUUAGUGGUUUUGUAGAUACACUAUACAAAAGAGAGUAUUUUAGUAAUGUAGUAUGAUUUAAGUUGGAAAGAGUAUUUUUCAAUAGGUCUCAUACUAGGGGUAUGCAGAUAAUGUUCCCAAAGUAAAACCCCCAAGUUAAAGAAGGCGAGAGGAGAAAGCCAAGAAGAUCACUAGAUAGAGUGUAAAUAAUCAUAAUCAAUGGAAGGUCAAGAAGAAAAUCAAGAGAAGAGAUUAGUGUUAGCUAACAAACUUUCCCACUUGACUCAUUCUGAUGUCUCCGACAUCGACAAAGUUCGUAUUCGUGAAGAAGUUUUGGAUGCUGUCAAAUCCGAUGACAUGGCUCCACUAUAUGAAACCCUUGUUUCAGCUAAUGUGUUAGACAUGGAUUCGAAGCUUCUCGAAUCGAUGCGUGCUAAAAAUGCUGAAGAACUUAGGAAAAUUGAUGAAAAAGUUGCUGAUGCUGAAGAGAACUUAGGUGAAAGCGAAGUUCGAGAAGCUCAUUUAGCUAGAUCCUUAUUCUUUAUUCGAAUUGGUGACAAGGAAAAAGCAUUGGAGCAGCUUAAGGUAACUGAAAGCAAAACAGUUGCCGUGGGACAAAAGAUGGAUUUAGUGUUCUAUACCCUGCAGAUGGGUUUUUUCAGCAUGGAUUUUGAUCUCAUCUCCAAAAGUAUUGAUAAAGCUAAGAAUUUGUUUGAUGAGGGAGGUGAUUGGGAAAGGAAGAAUCGUUUGAAGGUGUAUGAAGGCUUGUUUUGCAUGUCCACGAGGAACUUUAAGAAAGCUGCUGAUCUGUUUCUUGAUUCCAUAUCUACCUUCACAACUUAUGAGCUUUUAUCCUAUGACACUUUCAUCUUUUACACCGUACUUACUAGCAUUAUAUCACUAGACAGAGUUUCUUUGAAACAGAAGGUGGUUGACGCCCCAGAAAUCCUAACUGUGCUAGGGAAGAUUCCACAUCUCUCAGAAUUUAUGAACUCUCUGUAUGAUUGCCAGUACAAGUCGUUCUUCAUAGCAUUUGCUGGCUUAACCGAGCAAAUCAAAUUGGACCGCUAUCUACAUCCUCAUUUCCGGUAUUACAUGAGGGAAAUCCGAACUGUUGUCUACUCUCAGUUUUUGGAAUCUUACAAGAGUGUAACUAUGGAAGCAAUGGCGACUGCUUUUGGAGUGACAGUUGAAUUCAUUGAUUUGGAACUUUCACGGUUUAUUGCAGCAGGGAAACUACACUGCAAGAUAGAUUAAGUUGCUGGAGUUUUAGAAACAAACAGACCUGAUGCAAAGAAUGCACUCUACCAAGCAACCAUCAAGCAAGGAGACUUCCUUCUGAACAGGAUCCAGAAGCUGUCUCGGGUGAUUGACCUGUGAGAGGUGUUACCAUCGCAAAUAAAGUUCUGAAACAAGCAAUUGUUUUGAUUGAUCUAAGCAACAAAAUACUUCAGGAUCUAGAAGAUGCCCAAGUGGUCAAUCUCUUGAUACAUACUGAGGCUUUACUUGUUUUGUUUUUUUUUAACCGUGGUGGUGGUGGUAAUGGUGGAAAUUAGAACUUCUUUGAAGUUUCCUUAUAUAGAGUAGUAUUUAAAGUUCUGAAACAAAACCAGAAAAGGAAUGAAAUCAAAUAUUAGAAACUACGGAGAUUUGGGAAUCAACAAGAGUCUUUCCUUAAAUAGAGCCCUGUUAACUAUUCCUUGUUCCUAUUUAUACAGGCAGAUUUUUUUUUUUUUUUGUA